AUGGAUCAAAUCCCUCUCGUACACGACACUGAGCGGCUCAGCUGUCAUCAGUUCUGGGACCCGGACAAUGCAUGGUUAUCACCCUGUGCAUUACCUUAUCUCGUAAUUGUGCCGGCGAGUGUGGUUUUCCUUGUUGCGCUGUGCCAGUCAGUGGGCCCUGUGCUGCGGCGAUGGCGUCCCAAAUGGACAUUUCCCUUCAUCUCGGAGAAGGAUGAAUAUCAAGAGUUUCCGCUUGAAGAGGUGAAACAGUCUCUUCAAUGGACGUUUGCUCUUCUCGCAUUUUCGGCCAUCGGAUUUUCAGCGGAGAUUUUGCACUUCUUCCCUCCAAGAAUUGACCUGCCCUCUGUCAUUCUCGUGGCCUCGUGGGCUACAGCAGCCGUGUUGAUCGCGAUUAACCGACCAAGGUCAUGUUCACUAUCAAUGCUAGUAUUCUUCAUCUUGACCUUCAGCGUUGAGAUCUCAUGGGCCAUGAGCUCCGGUGAAAGCUCAAAGGUCAAGACAAUCGCCCGUUAUGUUGCUGCGGCUGCUAGCCUGGGUGCUUGCCUCACAAUUUUCCUGAUGCCAUUUCGAAAGCCUUCAUUCCCUGUGUUUAAUAUCAGUGGGGUCGGUCAAGCACCAUGCAGUGACUUUCGCAGCCCGGAAGAUAACCUACGACUAUGGCAGUUUUUGACUGUGUCUUGGAUGGCACCUCUUAUUUCCAUUGGACGGCAAAGACAGCUGCAUGAGCCAGACGUGUGGCUUCUAGGGUAUGAAUUUCAGCAUCGGCGGCUACAUGAGAAGUUCCGUCGCAUUCGCGGCGCUGUCCUUGGUCGCCUGUUGAAAGCGAAUGGCCUCGAUAUUAUGAUUAUUUCCGCUAUUGCCACUGUCCAGAUGUUUUGUGAUUUCUCUACGCCAGUCCUGCUUCAGCAACUUUUGCAGGCCAUGCAAGAUCCGACCAAACCAAAGCGAGUACCAUUGACCUACGCGCUUCUGUCCUUGGUGCUCCGCUUUGUGGCAGCUCAGUCCCAGGUAUUGAAUCUUUGGUACGGCCGACGAUGCUACGAGAGGUCUAGAGGAGAGAUGGUGAUGAUGGUCUAUGAGAAGGCCCUCUCCCGGAAAAACAUCCUCGGGGCAAGGAAGAUCGAUGGUGAGCAGGAAAUUUUAACUGAAGAGGGUGAAGGCAUGAAUGAUGAUGCAGCAAGAGAAAGGCUGGAAGAACCUCCAGUGAAAACUGGGUUUUGGAAUCGUCUUUUUCCUGAACGCAGAAAAGUUAAGCCGGUCAAGACUAAAGAGGCUGCAUCUCUGGGCAAAAUUUUCAACCUCCUCCGAGGAGAUGUUUACGACGUGGCUCAGCGAUUCUGGGAGGUUGACGUUCUAAUUGACAAGCCUUUGGGUCUGAUCAUUGCCAUCUGUCUGGUUUGGACUUUCUUCGGCCCAUCCUGCUUCCUUGGUAUACUAGCCGUUCUGGUUGCGCAGGGGGUUAAUGCCAUUAUCACCCGAACUCUUCUCCGAUGGGAAGAGAAAAGGCGAGCCGCGACUGAUUCUCGUCUGCAAAUCACAUCCCAGUUUGUGGAAGCAAUCCGUCAUCUCCGAUGGUAUGGUUGGCAAGGGCAUUGGCUUCGACAGGUAAUGGAAGCUCGGCAGCAUGAGUUGAACCUGCGGAUCAUCACUAGCUUAUGGAAUAUUCUGAUCCGUUUUAUCAACGCGUUUGCCAGUGGUGUAUUCCCAGUCAUUGCUCUCUACGCCUACACCGUGCUAGCUGGACGUGACCUACGUAUUGAUAUCAUAUUCCCCGCGCUACAACUCUUCACCAUGCUCGAGACUCGAUUGCGAGAUAUUCCUGGUUUGAUCACGGCUUUCAUCAAUGCGUCUAUUGCCCUCGGGCGCAUUGAAGACUUUAUGGAAGAGCCGGACAAAGACAAACUACCCCUUGACGAUCCCACAGACGAAACCCCUUUCAAGUUGGAGUCUUGCUCGUUUGCAUGGCCUGGAAAAACAACACCUGUACUCACUGGUAUCAGCGUGACCAUUCCUAAGGGAAUUACUGUUGUGAGUGGCAAAGUCGGGGCGGGGAAGACCGCCUUUCUCCAAGCUCUACUCGGCGAACUCGACCGGCUAAGUGGUUCUUAUCUCGUUCCAAAUGAGAUGGUGGGCUACUGCGCCCAGACACCAUGGUUGCAAAGUAUGAGCAUCCGUGACAACAUCCUGUUCUCUGCCUCAUAUGACGAACAACGCUACAAACGGACGCUUGAUGCCUGUGCCCUACUCCCAGAUCUCUCGAAUUUCAAACAUGGCGAUUUGACGUUCGUGGGUGAGAAUGGUAUUGGUCUCUCCGGAGGCCAAAAGGCUCGUGUGGCACUUGCACGAGCGGUAUACAGUGCCUCCCGUGUUCUGCUGCUGGAUGACCCCUUAUCGGCUCUCGAUCACAACACAGCUGAGUUCAUAGUUCGCAAAUGCUUGUCUGGUCCCUUAAUGGAAGGCCGCACAAUCGUUCUCGUCACGCAUCGCACUGCACUAGUUUUCCCCAUUGCCUGCCAAAUUGUUGAAAUUGACGAAGGGCAUGGUACAGUCCACGACAGAGAUGCCAUUAUUUCUUCAACUAAGUUUGGAAAGGAGUCUACAUUACCGUCGAUGCUGUCGACGGAUUCUGAAACAGAGACGGAGGGAGAAGUUAGUCUCGAAGAUGAGGCAACAGCCGUGCCAGACAAAUUCAUCGAGGAUGAACAUCGGGCGGAAUGGGGCGUCAAAGCCCGAGUUUAUUGGAACUACAUAAAAGCUGGCAAAUAUCGUUGGUGGCUCGCACUCGUCUUGGUCCUGACUGUGUAUCGUUUGGCAUCUGUUGGACAAUCGUGGUUCCUCAAAGGGUGGGGUGAGGCAUACAAUACGAGCUCAUCGGUUUUUGGAAGCCAGUCGAGCUGGAGAGGAGGCUCUCCUGGAGAUACAAUGUUGGUUGCGACUUCAUCCAUGGACGCAUACUUCGUGCCCUCCAACCCCAUGGACCAAUUCCCACCUCCGCAUGAUGAUGUGCGGCCAUGGCUCUGGGCCUUCUUUGCCAUCGUCUCCUUCCAGGCAGCCGCAUUGCUUAUAGCACAGUUUAUCAUGCUGGCUAUCGUUUACUUUGCUGGCAAAACGCUGUUUAAACAGGUAAUGGUUCGGGUCAGCCAUGCAACCUUCCGAUUCUUCGAUGUCACUCCCGUGGGCCGGCUGAUGAACCGCCUAACGUCGGACAUUGGCGUGGUAGACGGCAAUAUUAGCGAGCAGUUUCAGAUUAUUGCAUUUCAAGCUAUUACCUGGAUCUCCUCUAUCUUGGUAAUUGCCACUGCAACUCCGGCAUUUCUGGUCCUCUCGUUGGUACUGACGGUGGCCUUUGUGCUCAUCUUCUUACAAUUCCUCCCAACAUCGCAAAGCCUCAGGCGCCUCGAGAUGGUUUCUCUGACUCCGCUGCUCUCAAAUUUCGGGGAGUUGCUUCACGGCCUCACGACGGUCCGUGCCUUUCGCGCCGAAGAGCGCUUCCAGAGCCGCGUUAUCUCCGUGGUCGACAAGUUCCAGGGAAUGGACCACUUCUAUUGGUCAUUACAGGCAUGGCUUAUGUAUCGCUUUGAAAGCUUGUCCGCAUUCUCGACUUUCUGCCUUACUGCUCUGGCUCUAUACACAAACAUAACCCCCGGGCUAGUGGCAUUUGUGCUCAUAGCUGCGAAUAACUUUGUCGAGUCCACCCAUACUCUAUGCAAACAGUACGGUCAAUUACAGAUGGACUUCGUAUCUGUGGAACGAGUUGAUGAGUUGCUUCACAUCGAAGAAGAGUCGCCCGGAACCAUUGAGCCCCCGGCGGCGUGGCCGACCUAUGGAAGCGACAUCACCUUUCAGGAUGUAACAAUCCGCUAUGCACCACACCUCGAUCCUUCAUUGAGGGACGUGUCUCUUCGGAUCCCCGGCGGUUCUACCACUGCGAUCAUCGGUCGGACAGGUAGCGGCAAGUCUACGUUGGCGGUAUCUCUUCUCAGCGUCAUUAGACCAGAAACGGGCCGGAUCAUAAUCGACAACAUCGAUAUUGCCGAAGUCAGCACUCAGGCACUGCGCACCCGAGUCACAUUCGUCGCCCAAGACCCGGUUCUAUUCCCUGGUAGCAUUCGCCUCAAUCUUGAUCCCACCGAGGAUUUCUCAGAUCAGCAGUGCGCCGAUGUACUGGGACGACUCUGCGGCCGCCAUGGCUGGAACCUUGAUACGUAUAUUGAGGCUGGUGGAAAGAACCUCAGCCAGGGCCAGCGACAGCUCAUUGCGCUCACGCGGGCAGUCCUUCGACGCAGUCCGGUUGUCAUUCUCGAUGAGGCUACUGCAUCUAUUGAUCACGAGACAUCUCUCGAUAUCCAGCAGAUUGUUCGGGGGGAACUACAACUUUCGACGGUCAUCACGAUCGCACAUCGCAUUGAAGCUGUCAAGGAUGCGGAGUACUAUGUAGUCCUGGACCAGGGACGAGUAUCGCGACAAGGACACGUUCGAGACCUGUAG